AUCGCCGUCACUUAUACUGCUCUCUUUGUCGGCUUACGGCGAACAGAUCACCUUCUACCAUUAUCCUGUCGUUAUCAUCACCCAUCGAACCAAUUCCCUUCCUCAAUUGGCCUACGAACUUGCUUGACAAGCCCCAGCGCGCAUAGUAAAUAUGGCAACCCGAACAUCGACUCGCCAGGCCGCCCAGAAGGCAAAGGAAGCCAUUGCGGCGGCUCCUGAUGUUAAAAGCCGAGGUACUGCUGGCGCAAAGCGCAAGGGCAGUGCUGACAAGGGAACGGAGUCUAAGCGUAGCAAAAAAGAGGCCGACAAAGAGCCGGACGAAGCCAAGCAGCCCACGACCGGAAUUGUUGCGCAACCACCUAAAGGUCGUUCUGAACAGGCCGGAAAGCCAGAAGCGAAGCCCGAAGAGCCGAGCGAUAAGCCUGCAGCUAAGCCAGAGGGAAAGCUCAAAGGAGGACCAGAGAAACCUGGCGAGAAGCCAGAGGACAAGCCAGAGGACAAGCCAGAGACCGAGUCAGAAACAAAGACAGAAGAAAAAGCAGAAGAACAGUCAGAGGCGAAGCCUGAGACUGAGCAGCCAGACACGGCGAAAGAAGGCAAGGCCGACGACAAGCCCGAAGAUAAAAUGGAGCUGGAUGAUGAGAACAAACCCGAAGACAUUCAAACAGAAACCAAAGAACCCAAUUUGGCUCCCGUCAAGGGCAACGAAGCUGGCGUCGAAACCUUACAGGAGAGGGAGGAAAAGGUUCCGUCAAACAUCCUUGAGAAGGGUAUUAUUUACUUUUUCUACCGGUCCCGAGUCAAUGUGACUGAUCCUCAGGGUGUCGAUGAUGUUGCGCGCACUUUUGUGGUUCUGCGACCAACUCCCUUGGGAGCUACCUUGGACGCAAAGCAGGGCCCGGUUGACACUGGUGCCAAAUGUCGCUUGAUGGCUCUUCCAAAGAAAAGAUUCCCGACCUCUGGUCGUGAUCGAGUUAUGGGAUUCGUCGAAAAGGCUGGCCAGUCCAUGAAAGCACUGCAGGAAAGCUUCAUUGCUGGAGGGCAAUAUGACACAGCCACCCAAGGCGAGCGUACCGUUCCCGAUGCCCGUCCGUAUGCAGAAGGCGUCUACGCAAUUACAUCUACCAAACGAACCUCUCAUCUGGCUUACGUUCUCACAAUUCCUGAUCAGAUUGGAUCACUUCAGGAAGACUUUGGCCUCCGGGCACGGGGCAGCUGGGUUGUGCAGUCGAAGAACCCAAAACACCCUGGGCCAUCGUACGCUCAACUUCCUAAAGAUCCCGAGUAUCCCGACAGUGUGCUUGCUAAAUUCGGCGACUACCGCUGGAGGCCGCUGGAGCCUGAAUUCAUCGAUUAUCCCAACGCACAGUUCCUUGUGGUUGGGGAAGCUGUGGAUGAGCUUGGAAAGGCUGCAACUGCAGAGGAUGAUGGCAAGAAAGCUGAUGAGGUGCAGCCUGGAGAAGAGCUCGAGCACCUAGAGCAGGAAAACGAGGAGCGGGUGGAAUCUCUGCGGGGAGACGAUACAAUCUAUGAGGAUCUUGGUCUCGAUGCGAAGAACUAUCCUGCCGUUCCGACAACUUGGGAGAGUCAGUAAUGAGAUUGGGUAGCUGCGAUGACAAAAAGUUAUCUUGUAGGACAUGACAGGCCAACAACGACGCGGCAUGAUAGAAGAUGAGGACGAUGACGAUGACGAUGAUGAGAUGAAGUCAGUGUGAAGAUCACCGCUGCAGUCAACUAAAAUAAUGCGAAUGCAAUGCAAUUACUUGUUUCCUUGGCUAUGGCCUACUCGGCCGUGGUCCUCCACAGGUUCAGAACGAAUUGCAGGCCUGGAUGCGCCCACGUUGUCUUCCUGUUGAAUCCUUCCUUGAUCCUUGCUAGUUACUAGUAGUAGCUUUCCGGUCCUCGGAGCCAUUUCUAUCCGCCAUCGAAAG